ACAACACUGUCCCCUGUUUGACCCCAAGGUUGCUCUUUGACUUGGCAUAACUUGUUCAGCAAAGUUGGUCACCAAUCUGAGUUCGAGCUAACAACCUUGACGAAUUAAUAAACUCACAAAAAAGCCGUGCUCAGGAUGGACUUUCCUGCUCCAGAAAGUAAUCGUAAAAUAUUUUCUGAUAAACGUUUGGAAUUUGUAGCGAGUCCACAAACGAACUUCAAUUAUGGAUUGGUGGCUUUGUUUAUUUUCGCAUUAUCGUAUUUUCUUUGGAAAUUCUUCCGUUCUUGGUCUGAAAACUCGUCAACUGUUAGUGAUUCACAUCGCUUAGCUAUGGAAGCUGCCAGAGCGAAAUUUCAAGCUGAAUUCAAUGCUGAGGUUGCUCGGUGCAAAUCUAAAAAUCAAGACGAGAAAGAAGGGAAAAGUAAUGUUCGUGAAAGUACUCAUUCUGGUGAGAAAAAGAAACGGUUCAGACUCAAUGAUUACAAUCCUUUAAUGGGUGAUACUGGGACAACUUACAGGCCAACUUCACGAUUUUGUUCAACUGGUGGAUGACGUUAAAUGUCUAUCCAACACAUAAGAACUCACUAAGAUCAGAAAGUAACACUUACUGAGUUCAUCACAUACAUACACACACACACACACUAGCCUUAUUACAUUUUUACACAAAGAUAAAAGAACAUGCAAUUUUCUUCUCUUCUUUCCACUAUGAUGUUGUUAAUUCUAAAUUGGAACCAAAUUCCAAGAUUAACAACUGAUGUCGUUUUUUUUUCUUUGAUGUAAAAAUAUGAAACGGUUUUUUGUGAUUAAAUUACUCCUGACAACAACAUUCAAACAGAACCUGUAUACUACUUGAUUACUACUAAUUAUAAUUUUUUU